AAUAUUUAUAAUUUUUAUACCUGAUUCCUGAACCUCAGAACCUGAUACGGUGAGGUGAGCAGUUGAGACUUGAGAGAGAGGCGGAGAGCAGAGAAUCAGAGAGAGGCUGAGGACAGACUGAACAGUGGAGACUGGAGACUAGAGAGAAAGAUAAUUUGAUAUUCUUCUAGCAGAAGAUUUUGUUAGUUGAAUUAGCUUUUGUGGUCAUGGUGGGCUGGCAGAGACACAUACACUUUGUACUUAGUCGUGUUGGGAAAAGAGUGGAACAUAGUUACAAUUUAUCUGCCAACUUUUCUUCUUCUCGCUUGGAAUCUUCUUUUUCACCAGCUUUUGCAGGUGAAUUAACUUAUCUUCAGAGACUAUGGAGACCCCCUUCUGCAAACAUCUCAAGGCCCUUUUAUCAGUAUUUUCAACAAUUGGGAAUUUCCAGUUCAAGGAAGUUACUAGCAGAAUCAUCUGAGGAAAAAGCCAUUCCAUCUCCAUUGACUCCUGUAUUGGCAAUAAAUAGUGGAAAAAGCGAAGACCAGAACCAGAAAGUUGUCUCUAAGCCUUCAAAAGUUCAAGCUGUAUUGAAGGGCAUUAAACAGAGUCCAAAAAAGGUCAAUUUGGUUGCUGCAUUAGUUCGUGGGAUGCGAGUUGAGGAUGCACUGUUGCAGUUGCAAGUAACAGUAAAGCGAGCAGCAAAAACUGUGUAUCAGGUUAUCCACUCAGCCCGAGCAAAUGCAACUCAUAACCAUGGAUUGGAUCUAGACCGUCUCCUUGUUGCUGAGGCAUUUGUUGGGAAGGGGUUCUAUAGAAAAAGAGUUUCCUAUCAUGCUAAAGGAAAAUGUGGAGUCAAAGAGAGACCCGAGUGCCGACUAACAGUGGUAGUGAGGGAGAUGACUGCUGAAGAGGAGGCCGAGAUAGCUAGACUUAGAGUCCACAACUUCCGCAAGCUUACUAAGCGAGAAAGGCGGCUUGUACCUCAUAAGCUUAUUGAGACGACUUCUAUCUGGAAUCGCAAAGGCAAAGGCAAAGCCAACAGUCAUGAACCAAGUGGUAUGGCUACAUGAACCAGCUUUACUAACAUGUGCCACAAUCUAAAAGAAAGUUCUGUAGAAGUGUUGAGAGAAGAGUCUUCCUAUGUCUGCACUUCAGUGGAAAUUGUCUUGUAGAAGUGUUGAAGCAAACUUUUUGCAGUCAGAUAAUAUUUACAUUGAAACAUUUUUAUUUUAAUUGUGUCCUAUUUCAAGAAUGAAAGUUUAAAUCCACCAAGCCCUUUGAUACUA